UAUCUGUUGCGAUGAUGAAAGAUCGAAUGGAACGUCUUGUAGUUUUCCCCUUUGCCACUGGUUGUGUCUCUGCUUCUAGCAUCGCAGUCUGUGUACAACAUGGUAGAAGACCAAAGGAAGAACUCAACUCAUCUCGCAUGGUGCGUAGAUCGUUUGACAUUCCUAGAGAUCCGAAAGAUGAAGAAUUAGGAGCAGCGACGGCAAGUGAAAACUUGGCGAAGGGCUCGUUUAGGUUCUUGGCACUUUCGAAGCCCAACGUAUCUGUUGGGCUUCACAGGCUCACGAGAAGCAUCAAAAACUUGUCCCAAUCACUUGUGUCGAAGGAGGAAAUUGAAGAAGCGCAAAUGGAGCUGGAAAUCGGGCUUCCAACAGAUGUAAAGCACGUGGCACACGUAGGGUUUGAUGGAUCUGUAACCUCGGAUGUCAACCGCCAUGGUAAUCACACAACCUCAGAGUUCCUCGGCUUUUGCCCUAUUUCGUUUGCACAACUUGAGGAGCGGCUGGCCAUGUGCAUGUCGAUUGAUCCAUCUCAUGACAACACGAAAUAUGCUACUGAACCAAGUAUGGCGUAAAAUUUUACCAUCAUAUAUAUUGUACCAACAAUAAUCGUGUUCACUUGUGUAUCGUUUAAUACUAUACACUUACUAUUU